CCCUGGGGCUUCCGCCUGGUAGGCGGCCGGGACUUCAGCGCGCCCCUCACCAUCUCGCGGACCUGAGUCAGGAGAACUGAGAACUGCACUGCCGCCUUUCUCCAUGGAGCCUGGACCAAGCUGGCUGGGCUUUCUGAGACUUCUUUCCCCUACUUGGGAGAGGCUGUGCACCUGGUGGAGCAGAGAAUCAUGGAAUCCCACUUCUGGGAGCCAGGGUGACAGGCAGGCCCAGCUGUCUUGGGAGGCUUCUCACAUCUGCCCUUACCCCACGGCCACCAGGUUCCUGGGACUGAGUGAGGUCCACGCUGGCAGCAAGGCUGCAUUGGCUGCCCUAUGCCCUGGAGACCUGAUCCAGGCCAUUAAUGGUGAAAGCACAGAGCUCAUGACACACCUGGAAGCUCAGAACCGCAUCAAGGGCUGCCAUGACCAUCUCACACUUUCUGUGAGCAGACCUGAAGGCAGGAGCUGGCCUGGUGCCCCAGAGGACAGCAAAGCUCAAGCACAGAGAAUCCACAUUGACCCUGAGGUCCAGGAUGGCAGUCCAGCGACCAGCAGGAGGCCCUCAGCCACCGGGAUUGGGCUAGAAGAUGGCAGGCCAGGCCUGGGAUCUCCUUAUGGGCAGCCAUCUCAUCUCCCAUUCCAUCACAAUGGCAGCAGCAGUGAGGCUACUUUACUGACCCAAAUGAGCACUCUGCAUGUGUCUCCACUUCACAGCCCUGACACAGCCAGAGGCCUCCCGCGAAGCCGUGACUGCGGAGUGGACCUGGGCUCAGAGGUGUACAGGAUGCUGCGGGAGCCGGCUGAACCCUUGGCUUCGGAGCCCAAGCAGUCAGGCUCCUUCCGCUACUUGCAGGGCAUGCUAGAGGCCGGGGAGGGUGGAGAGCGGCUGGGGCCUAGCGGUCCCCGCAACCCCAAGCCCACUGCCAGCAAGCUGGGCACUCCGCUGAGCGGCCUGCAGGGACUGCCCGAGUGCACGCGCUGCGGCCACGGCAUCGUGGGCACCAUCGUCAAGGCGCGGGACAAGCUCUACCACCCUGAAUGCUUCAUGUGCAGCGACUGCGGCCUGAAUCUUAAGCAGCGCGGUUAUUUCUUUCUGGAUGAGCGGCUCUACUGCGAGAGCCAUGCCAAGGCGCGCGUCAAGCCACCUGAGGGCUACGACGUGGUGGCGGUGUACCCCAAUGCCAAGGUGGAACUAGUCUGAGCUGCUCCAGGAACCUCCCGUCCCCGCUUCUGCUUUUAAUGCCCCCGCGUGGUCCGUGUAAAUAUGCAUUUGCCCUCUGCCUCUCUAAUAAAUUCCCUCUGCUCAGCCUUGAA